UUGCAAAAAGAAACUCCUUCAAUUCGUUCCUUUUUCUCUCCCUUUUCUUCUCCUAUUACAAAAACCUAUACUUACAUUAUACACACAAAUAUAUAAACCCCCACUCUCACUCAGUAAUGGACCAAUCACAACCGCACAACCACCGCAUCGCCGCCCCUCCCCCGCCGGCGAAAAUGAAAAAGCUCCCCAACAGUAACAAAACUCGGACAGUCUCCGACGCCGAUUCUCAAAUCAGCGAGGCCGACUCGUUCCACUCUCUCCACUCGCCGCUCCACGCUGUCGACAACUCGAAGGCGAUCGUCGCCGUCACCGCCGACAAGUACUACUCUCCCGGCCCCUCUCCGCCGCCAAUUCGGCAUGAUAACAACCAGCUGAGACACAAUUUGGAGUUUCCGCCGCCGUCGACGCCGCCGUCGACGCCGCCGGCGAGCGGUUUCAAGGUUGAUCGGGCGGUGAGGGAGGAGGUGAGCGGCGGAGUGACGAGAGUGGGGCCGACGGGCGAGGGAUUAGGGUUUGAUGAGGAAGUAGGGGGAGAAAGGAGAUCGAGAGCCGCGGUGAACAGCAUAUUGAAGAGAUCGAGGAAGGAUGUGAAUGCGGAGAGAGCGGCGUUGGUAUUGAGAGUUUGCGAGAUUGUAUUGUGUUUGAUUUCGUUUUCGGUUAUGGCCGCGGAUAAGACGCAGGGGUGGAGUGGUGAUUCUUUUGAUCGCUACAAGGAAUACAGGUACUGCCUCUCUAUGGCUGUCAUUGCAUUUGUAUACUCAGGAUUACAAGCAUCUGAUCUUGCAUACCAUUCAGCCACGGGCAAACAUAUUAUUUCGCAUCACCUUCGUUAUCAUUUUGAUUUUGUGAUGGAUCAGAUUCUCGCAUAUCUUCUGUUAUCUGCAUCAUCUUCGGCAGCCACCAGGGUAGAUGAUUGGGUAUCAAACUGGGGGAGUGAUCAGUUUACGCGAAUGGCUACUGCAUCUAUAUGGAUGUCUUUUCUGGCAUUUGCAGCAUUUGCCUCAAGUUCACUCAUAUCUGGUUACAAUUUAUGUAACCGCGUGACUAGUGGAUUGUAAUAUCCUCUUUCCUCCGGAUAUUGUUCAAAUCUAGAAGCAUUAUUUGCUGGUGGAUAUUUUCUUAGAACCUUAUUCGGAAAUGUACAGAUGAAUGCUAUUUCGGCAAGGAAACCUGCUACUUCCACGGCUCUCUGUGGAUGGUCUAUAAGCAGUUUCUAUCAUGUGGGAGAGAAAGGGCAAAGAUCACUACUUUUACAUAUAGUAAUAGCAUUCAACCAGUUUUUAGUAACAUUUUUCUAGAUUUUGGGUAAGAGGGGAAAAGGUUUGUAUACAUAUAGCCUGUUUAAUACUAAAUAAAAAAUAUCCGGUUGUAUCUAAAGAAAUAGAUCAUUUCUUCUUAACAUAUAAAUAUACUUUGUAUUCUGCUUCA